AUGGCACCCAAAUUCCGCAUUCUCCACAUCGGCGACAACAUCAAAUACAACCACGAUGUGUACGCUCGCUUCUCCUCAGAGUUCGAAAUCAUCCAGCCUAGCGCCGAAGAGCGCGAAAGAGAAGAGUUCAUGCGGGCCCUGAAAGAGCGCCGCUGGGGUGACUUCCACGCCAUCUUCCGGCCCUUCUGGAACACGGGAGGCGAAAUGGGUCGCUGGGACAGAGAGUUGAUUCCGCUUUUGCCCAAGAGCGUGAAGAUCAUGGCUUCCGCCGGGGCUGGGUAUGACUGGGCGGAUGUGGAUGUCUUUGCUGAGCAUGGUAUGUGUCUCUUGUCUCUCUCAUUCUUUGGCUGUCUCCAUUUCCCGUUCCGCUUUUUUCAUGUUUACUUUCCCAUUUCCGGCGUGCCGGGUUAG